UUGCAACAUUAGCAUUUAUUACUAUAUAUGGCACAAACAUCAGCUAGCAGCAUCAUUCAUCAGCUUGUCUUCCGAGUUCUACCACCCACCACCACCAUGAAACUAUUUGUGUGCCUAUGCGCGCUUGUAGCGGUCGUCAUGGCCGGCGAGGGUGAGAAGCGGGAAAAGCGUGGCUUGUUAGGACAAUAUAGCGGCGGCUACAGCGGUGGAUACAGCGGUGGCUACAGCGGUGGAUACAGCGGUGGAUACAGCGGUGGCUACAGCAGUGGUUCCAUCGGCGGUUACAGUAGUGGAGCUGCCAUCAGCUACUCUGCGCCUGUGGUAGCCCAACGUGUAGUGUCCGCGCCCAGGGUUGUAGCUGUCAACAGGGUGGUCAACGUGCAGCGCGUCGUCUCCGUGCCGCAAGUUGUCAAUGUACGCAAGGUGGUUUCUGUGCCUCAAGUGGUCACCGUCAGGAGGGUCGUCGCUGCACCAGUCGCGUACUCCUCCGGCGUCAGCUACGGAGCCCUCGGAGGCUACUCUGGAGGCCUGGGCGCAGGCUACAGCCUCGGCGGACAAUCCAGCUAUGGUUACUCUGGAGCUUCCCUCAACUCUAACGGCUGGUGGUGAUCACAGUAAAGUUUCUAGUCAAAUUUAUUCUUAAAACUUAUUUUAUUUCAAAGGUUAAAAUAAAAGUUUUAAAAUUA